GUUAGUACAUAGUUGACAUAGACAGUCCUGUACACGAGCACUUAUUUGCGACAGCAACCUUGCUACCGCUGGACCAUCUUCUCCAUGCUGUCCUCUUGAACUGUUUGACCCGAGCCGAAUAAGACGAUAGGGAUGGCUGCUGUGUCACCCUCCGAUGUGGAGGCUGCGCAGGGCGCAGACGUGCGCGCAGAGCGGCUGCCUAGUGAACCUGCUGUGGGGCUGACCUUGCAGAAGACCCUAAGCAAGGCCAGGGGUGCAGCGAGCUUUGUGAAGUCAGCUACGUUCGAUAAAGUCAUGAAGAAGAAGCUAAAGAACAAAAAGCCCGGCACAGAAGUCAAGCGCGGGCUGAUAAAGCCUGACAACAGUCGCUGGGUGAAUUUCAAGGCGUUUUGGAACGGACCCUACUUCCUGAUUAUCCCGCCGGCCUAUGAGGAGUACGCGCGGAGGAUGUUCAACCAAACAAACCCCAAGAGCUCUAUGCCUGCGACGCCAAGGACCCCGGGUGGUGCAGCGCCGGAGGAGAAGCCUGAGGCAGGCGCUGACGAGGAGCUGGAGUACCCGGACUUCCUGUCCAAGAUGAAGGCGGUGGUGGUGAAGGACUGGAAAGCGAAGCGCGCUCACAAACCCCGCUACGCGAUUGAGCCGGAGGACCUGGUGCCGUUGCCGUUCGAUGCUCCCAAGCUGCACGGCCUACUGUCGGAGUUCGUGGUCACGGUGUUUCUGAUUGUGCAGUCCACGGUGGUCAUGUUCCUGGCCAUCAUGGUGGAGAACCAGGACCGCAAGUACAAGGACAGUGGCAACUACACGGGCACGUGGCAGCCGCUCAUCAAGGCCAUCGUCAUCAUCUACCCGCUCAUCACGCUCUUCAUCAUGCUGGUGCAGGCGCUGGAAAUCACCAUCAAAAAGUUCAUGUACUACCGCCUGAUGUCCAUGCGCGUGCUGACAGACUGGGAGAACGUCAUGGUGUGGCAGGGGAGCUUCUUCUACUACUUCGUGGCGACGUGGAUCAUGCUCAACGUGUGGGCCAUCUAUGGUCUGGCGGCCUACUACGGCCAGAACGGCAACACAGGGGCAGACCCGACCUCGUUGUCCACGUUCAUCGUGGUCAACCUGCAGACCAUGCAGCUGCUGAUCCAGUACUACCGCGUGAUGACGGCGGAGCAGCGCCUGGUCUCGCUUAACGAGAUCUUCGAGCGCGCCCCCGUGGAGGCCCAGAACUUGCUGCAAUACACAUACAUCGUGGAGGAGGAGGACAUCAUCAACGAGUGCUACCGCUUCAUGAAGAAGCAGUGGCGGCGCCUGCUGCGGCGCCUCGCCUAUCUGUGCUGCUGCACGUGCAUGUUCCGGGACUGGGCCGACAAAGCCAAGAGUGCGCGCUGGAAUGUGUACCGCCUGCACAAGAAGGCCGGCAACGCAGAGGUGCUGCGCGCGGAAACGUACCGCCUGCUGAUGAAGACGUUCCAGGACGAGGGCAACCUGGACGACCUCAAGGAGCUGCAGGCGGAAAUGGAGGCGGACGGCAUUCCGGAUGCGCCGCACACCGACGACCCAGUGGUGGCCCCGACGGACGUGCAGCUGGACCUGAAGCAGCCCAACGGCCAGUCUAAUGGUGACGCGAAGGCCAAUGUGGCCGACGACGCCAAUGGCACCAGUGCGCACGGCGCGCCGCUGCCGCUGGAGGUGGACCGGCCGACGGGUUACUCGGGGACGGCGCCCUGGGACAUGGGAACAGACUCGGAGACCGAGCAGGAGGAGGAGGAGACGGAAGUAACGUGCUGCAGCGGCGGCUGGUGGCGCAAAACGUGGCGCGGCUUCUGGUGGGGCUUCUACAUCCGCCUGUACGCGUCCAUCCACUCCGUCCUGGUGGCCUUCCUGCCCGGCACCAACUCGUGGCCGUUCAAGCCCGACAAGCCGUACUUCCGCUUCAUCACCAGCAUCCAGCUGGUGGGCGGCUGCCUGUGCUGCCUGAUGAUCCUGUUCGGCGUGCUGGGCGCCACCAACCAGAGCCCCUGCAACAAGGGCAACAAGUCGUGCGACCAGUGUUUCCGCUACGUGGACACGUACCUGGUCACCAACUCAUCGGGCUACGUGGAGCUGCAGCAGAAGGGCCUGACCUGCGAGGCCAACUUCAACAUCUCACAAAAUGCCAUGUACGCAAUUGGGGCCUCAGUGGGCAACGCCCUGGGCUGCUUCGCCAACGGCACCAACUCCUCUGGGAUCCCCUCUGGGCGCUAAGUUGCGCAGGCGCAGUUGGGCUGCAAGGUGGUUAGCCACGAGGCGAGCGGGGGCGUACAGGACGGCUAUAGCACUGUGUGUGCCCCUGCAUGCUGCGGGUGGCUAUCCUAGUAGCAGGUAUGCCCGCGGUGCGUGAGCUGGUUGGUCCCUUAGAUACCGCGGCGGCCUGACCAAUCUGCACGUGAUGCGGCGAUGCAUGUUAGCAGCCGCCCUGUCCUGCCAUGUGUUGUGUGUGGUUCAUAUCCUUGUGAUGCGCGCGUGCGGUGAGAGCAUAUAUUUAUGUUAUAUGCCACGGUCAACCAAAGACUGGGGCGCAAAUACUGCAACAGGGAGACUUAAACAGCCCGCCCUCGCCAGCGGACUAUCAUGUCCAGCCGACCGGGGGAGGCGAGGGCAUCCGAGGCUCUCUCGCACUCGCCAUGUUCCCACACGAAGCAACAAUGUUUGGUCUACACAACGGGAACGGUGCGAGAGGGCUAGCACUGGACGUCAGAGCAUUAAUGCGUGCUUGCAUUCGGGUUGACUAUGACGUGAGACUGAAUGCUGCCAACCCCAGGUGGGUUGUCUGUGGGUGAGACUUUCUGUGGAACUACAAACGAUGGGAAUAAUGGAGUUCGGUGGCAGUACUUCCACGGGCGGCGCAACCUCGAGAGUGGGCUGCGUGGUCAAAUUGCAGGGAGAGGCUUUUGAGGAACAACUGGGAACGCCUUCAGUUUGAGCUGGAAGUAGAAGACAUGGCACGGCUGCGGAAGUCGUGGGUCCUUUGACACGACUUGCACUUUACCGUACGGUACCGUUGAACGAGGCAAGGGUGUGAUUGUGAGUUGCUCAGGGCGCUUCGCCGCGGGCUGGACUUACCGCCUCAGCGGCUUUAGGGGUUAUGACCGUGGUUUAACCUUUGCAUCACUACUGCCCAUAUCAUUUAAGCCUGUGGAUAUACGUGUGGACAUGCACCAACGAUUGAAAUGACUAUGGUUACCUGAGCCGCCUGUAGUGUUGUGGAAGCCACGCGUGCACGCGCAAACUACCGGUAAUCGCC